UCCUGCCCGGGAAGCAGCCGCCUUCCUGAGGUGCCGGAGAGGUGGAGAGUCUGCCUGUGCACAGGGAACGAGUCCGUACAGGUGUUCAGCCAGCCCCCUUCCCUGUCCUACCUGGGGAGUGGAGGCGGAACGCACAGCCGCGCGACCCUUAUUCCCCACCGGGCCUGUUUGUCGGGUGCACAGCCGCGGUUUUUCGGCCGAGAAGGACGAUGAAGCCUGGGGUUACUCCGAUGUAAAAGUACUGGAGGUUGAGAAAUCGUGACCGAGACAUGGAGGGGAAGCCCGGCCUGCAGACCGUGUAUCAGGCCGUGCAGGCCCUCUACCACGACCCGGAUCCCAGCGGCAAGGAGAGGGCCUCGCUAUGGCUGGGGGAGCUGCAGAGAUCGGUCUAUGCUUGGGAAAUCUCAGACCAGCUGCUUCAGAUCCGUCAAGAUGUGGAGUCCUGCUAUUUUGCUGCACAGACGAUGAAGAUGAAGAUUCAGACCUCUUUCUAUGAACUCCCCGCAGACUCCCACGCCUCACUGAGGGAUUCCCUGUUGUCACAUAUCCAGAACUUGAAAGACUUAUCUCCUAUAAUUGUAACUCAGCUGGCUUUAGCAAUAGCAGAUCUGGCCCUGCAGAUGGCUUCCUGGAAAGGCUGUGUUCAGACACUAGUAGAAUCAUAUCGUAAUGAUGUGUCUUCAUUGCCCUUCCUCUUGGAGAUUUUAACUGUAUUACCCGAAGAGGUUCACAGUCGAUCCUUGCGCAUUGGUGCGAAUCGACGCGCAGAAAUCAUUGAAGACUUGGCUUAUUAUUCCAGUACUGUGGUUUCUCUUUUGAUGACCUGUGUUGAGAAAGCUGGCAGCAAUGAGAAGAUGUUGAUAAAGACUUUCCGUUGUCUGGGCAGCUGGUUUAAUUUGGGAGUCCUGGAUAGCAACUUCAUGGCCAACAACCGCCUCUUGAUGUUGCUCUUCCAGGUCCUGCAACAGGACCAGACACCUUCCAAUUUGCAUGAAGCAGCAUCCGAUUGCGUUUGUUCUGCUCUGUAUGCCAUCGAGAACAUAGACAACAAUUUGCAUCUGGGAACACAGCUCUUUCAGGGAGUACUCACUCUUGAGACUGCUUACCACAUGGCAGUAGCCCGUGAGGACAUAGACAAGGUGCUGAAUUACUGUCGAAUAUUCACAGAGCUUUGUGAAACCUUUCUGGAAAAAAUAGUGACUACCCCAUGUCGGGAUCUGGGAGACCUGCGGACACUGGAACUCCUCCUGAUCUGUGCUGGACAUCCUCAGUAUGAGGUUGCUGAAAUAUCCUUUAAUUUCUGGUAUAGACUAGGAGAGCAUCUUUACAAAAUCAAUGACUUGGCACUGCAUGGUAUUUUUAAGCCAUACAUCCAGAGGCUCCUUCAUGCAUUAGCAAGACACUGCCAACUUGAUCCAGACCAUGAGGGUGUCCCUGAGGAAACAGAUGAUUUUGGAGAAUUCCGUAUGAGAGUGUCUGACUUGGUGAAGGAUCUAAUCUUUCUGGUGGGCUCAAUGGAGUGUUUCUCUCAGCUGUAUUCUACAUUGAAACAGGGUAACCCACCCUGGGAAGUGACAGAAGCUGUGCUUUUUAUUAUGGCCUCUAUUGCAAAGAGUGUUGAUCCAGAGAACAAUCCAACCUUGGUAGAAGUCCUUGAAGGAAUUGUGCGACUGCCUGAGUCUGUGCAUGUCGCUGUACGUUACACUAGCAUUGAGCUGGUAGGAGAGAUGAGCGAAGUGGUAGACAGAAACCCACAAUUCCUUGAGCCUGUGCUAUCCUACCUAAUGAAAGGCCUUUGUCAGCCAUCACUGGCAUCUCCUUCCGCCAAAGCCAUCCAGAACAUUUGUUCUGUAUGUCGGGACCACAUGGCCCAGCAUUUCAAUGGACUUCUGAAUAUUGCACGGUCCCUGGACUCCUUUACACUGCCACCAGAGGCUGCUGUUGGACUCUUAAAAGGCACUGCACUCGUCUUGGCACGCCUGCCAUUGGAGAAGAUCUCUGAGUGCAUGAGCGAGCUGUGUACUGUUCAGGUCUCAUCAUUGAAGAAGGUGAGGGGAAAUACACUACUUUCCCAAGAUUCUAGUAAUGGCAUAUCUUCUGAUCCUACGUUGUUUUUGGACAGACUGGCUGUCAUUUUUAGGCAUACAAAUCCUAUAGUAGAGAAUGGACAAACCCACCCGUGCCAAAAAGUCAUCCAAGAAAUCUGGCCUGUGAUGUCGGAGACUUUAAACAAGCACCGUGCCGACAAUCGGAUAGUUGAGCGCUGCUGUCGAUGUCUACGUUUUGCAGUGCGCUGUGUUGGGAAAGGAUCUGCCACCCUCCUGCAGCCUCUUGUCACCCAGAUGGUAAGUGUAUACCAAAUUCACCAACACUCGUGCUUCCUGUACCUGGGCAGCAUCCUGGUGGACGAAUAUGGGAUGGAGGAAGGGUGUCAGCAGGGACUGCUGGAUAUGCUCCAGGCACUGUGUGUCCCCACUUUCCAACUUCUGGAGCAGCAGAAUGGUCCUCAAAAUCACCCAGAUACUGUGGAUGAUCUGUUUCGGCUGUUCACUAGGUUCAUUCAGCGUUGUCCCAUUGUCCUGCUUCGGAGUCAGGUGCUAGGUCAUGUAUUACAAUGGGCUAUUGCAGCCACUGCUCUAGACCACCGGGAUGCCAAUUGCAGUGUCAUGAAGUUCCUGCGUGAUCUUAUACACACCGGGGUGGCCAAUGAUCAUGAGGAAAACUUCGAGGUACGCAAGACGUUGAUCCAGGAAGUGCUGAACCAGUUUGGACAGCAGCUAGUAAGCCAGUUGCUUCAUGCAUGCUGUUUCUGUCUCCCACCUUACACCCUGCCUGAUGUUGCUGAAGUCGUAUGGGAGAUCAUGAUAUUUGACAGACCGACAUUUUGCCGGUGGCUGGAAACCGCAUUGAAAUGUUUACCAAAGGAGACAUCAGGUGGAGCAGUAACAGUGACACACAAGCAGUUAACAGAUUUCCACAAGCAAGUCACAAGUGCUGAGGAAUGUAAACCGGUUUGCUGGGCUCUGAGAGAUUUCACUAGGUUAUUCCGAUAGCUGCGCUCGUUCACCCAACCUGUCUUAUGUGAGAAGACAGGUUACCCAGCCCACUCAGACGGCACCUCCAGAACAGAGAACCAUUGUGGAUUGGCUUCUAUACCCCCCUAGCGUGUGUCAUGCCAAAAGGGGGACGCAGACCCUGUGUGAGAGCAAAGAAUGUCAAGCGAGCUUUGAGGAAGCGUCCCUGUGUACCGUGUGCUGAAUCUAAUAGCAAAACUGGGGAAAAAAGUAAGCUUGAGAUUAACCCCUUCACUUCUGAGCAGUGGCAAGCAUCCCUAAAGAGCUGUGAUGAAGGGCAAUGGCUCAAAGGUGUUGAAGUGCUUCUCCACCCUCUUCCACAGCAAUAAGGCACUCCACAAGCAGGCAGCGCCAGAUGUGCAUUGGCAACCGACUCUCCCGCCGUGCCGUGUAGUGUUGUCCCAGACCUCGGUGGUGAAGGGGUUCUCAAAACAAUGUUGAGUGCUUGGGCACCACAUUUGCAUUUUGGGAUGGGAGGGAUCGGGAAAAGGAGGUGGGGGCAAAGGGUUUAGAGCUUUCCUUGAUGGACUCGUUUUAAAAUUAAAAAAAAAAAUAGAAGAAAAUCUAAAGGAAAAAAAGAUGUAAAAAAAAUGAAAAAAAAAACUUUAAAAAAAAUAAAGCCGUCAAAUAAAAUCCCCGGCCGGCGAUGUUCGAAUUUGCGUAUCAGCAAACGGAGUAUAAGACGCAGCUAAACUUUCUGUGAAAUGAAAAAGAAAACAUGCAAAAUAAAAUUUGAAAAAA